CAUUUUUAAAUGGUAGAUUUAUCAGGGUUCCUUUUCUUUCUUUCCUUCUUUAUUACUUUAUUUAUUACCUGUCCGCUAGGCGCGCGCGGAUCUCAUAACCAGCACUCUGCGCUCGCGCCCCUCAAUCGUUCCCCGUGACGUCGCGAGAAAUGGCGGAGCGCGAGGAAAGCGACGUCUGUCGGAGCUCCAGUCAAGAAUCUGACUCCCAUCUCCGAGGUGAUGAUAAAAAACCCUUAAGUCGGCCAGACUCGACAACCUCUGGAAACAACACGUACAUUCUAUCCAGUCCUGUGGAUGUACCGAAUACAGGAAGAUCAGAGCUUCUGCUUCUCAAACUCGAUGAGAGACAGAAACUGGCUCGAGAGAGGAGGGAGGAGAGAGAGAAACAGAACGCUGUGCGAGAGGCUCAGUUAUUGGUGCGUGAGGAGCGGGCGAGGCUGUAUUAUGAAAAGCAGCUGGAAGACAGAAAGAGGCGUCUGGAGGAGCAAAGGAUUAAGGAGGAGAGGAGGCGGGCCGCCGUGGAGGAGAAACGACGCCAGAAACUAGAAGAAGAGAAGGCUCGUUAUGAGGCUGUGGUGAGAAGGACUUUGGAAAAGAGUCAUCGAGUCAGACCGAAGCAGAACCGUUGGAGUUGGGGAGGAACACUAACCUCUAGCACUUCACACAACAGCGAUGCUAACAGAAGGUCAGUCUCCACUAUGAAUCUGUCCAAGCACAUAGACCCAGUCAUAAACAAACGCCUGUCUUCAUCUUCUGCCACACUGUUAAACUCGCCAGACCGAGGCUUACAGAAGCAGACGUCCUUGUCCUCCUCUUGCUUAGUAACUAAAGUAUCGUCUAAAGCUCGAGCCUCCAGAGAGAAGAUCCAUCAGGACAGACCUGCAGGUAUGCGUCGUAUGCCUCUAACCCCAUGGGAGAACAAUGUAGUCACUCGUUUACAGACACCAACACACUCGUACCUGGCCAGAAGUCGUAGUGCUGUGUGUUUGUCUGGAGAUGCAGCCUCCUGUCAUCACUCGAGCUCACUAUCCUUCAAGACCAUGCAGUCACGCAGCUCCGAGCGACCCAUCAGAGCCGGUCUCAGCCUUGAGCGAGCCGUCAGAGCCGGGCCGGAAGGAAGCCUGUGCAGGAAGGCGACCCAGAAUGUGGCGGCUGAUAGGAAGGAUAAGGACUAUGUCCGAAAGUCCUGGAGUAAUCUGUCGUGUCCCAUUCCACCUCUGAACCUCGCCACCACCAAGCGAGCUCCUUCUCCUGGCAGCCAGCGCACUAAAGUCAGCCAACCGUCAUCUGCCAGGAGUUCCACUAAACCUCCUCUGAAGUCUCCUACGUCCAGAAGGUCCAGGUCUCCACCUCCUCCAUCUUCCAUGCCCUUAUCUCCUAGCAACCCUUCACUGUUGCCUGGUAACCUGCGUCCCAGCCGGGGUAAGCCAGAGAGCCCGAGAGUGAGUCUGGAGGUUGUUAAGGACCUGAAAGAGGAAGAGGUCAAAAGAACUGAGACUGAGGAAGAGGAGGUAGAAAAGGAGAAGGGGGAGCAAAGUGAGAAAAAAGCAGCAGCUGAAAUCUCGACGCGUAAAGCAGAGUCUAAUGGCAUUGAGAGGGUGAUGAGUCCUCCAGCAGUCAGAGUCAGUGCAGGAACCACAGACCCAGAGGAGGCGUCUCGACUGCUGACUGAGAAACGACGGCAGGCCCGAGAACAGAGAGAGAAAGAGGAGGAGGAGAAGAGGCAGAAGGAGGAGGCCGAGAGACGACACAGAGAGGAAAUGGCCCGGAAGAUAGCUGAAGAGAGAGCGAAAAGAGAAGAGGAGGCCCAGCGUCUGGCCGAGGAGAAAAAACACAAGGAGGAAGAAGAGAGACACUUAGAAGAGGAGAGACUGCAGAGAGAAAGAGAAGAAGCAGAACGGCAGCUGAGACAGAAAGAGGAAGAUGAGACUCGUCAGCGUGAAGAGGCUGAGCGUUUGCGUCAGGAGAGAGAGAAACACUUCCAGAAAGAAGAGGCUGAGAGACUCGAGAGGAAAAAGCGUCUCGAGGAGAUCAUGAAACGCACACGCCGUUCAGAUCAGAAAAGCCCCAGUCAGAGGAAUGGAGAUGUGAGUCAGCAGAAUUCUCAGGACUCGGUGAAUGUGGUCCCCGGGAUCCCGUCAAUCACAGUCUCUGCUCCACAGAUCCCUCAAACCACACAGCACAGUGACAGCAACGGACACGCUAACCCUGAUCUCCUCUUACACACACUGCCCCCUGCUGGACACGACGCGAGCACUGAAGCCCUUCGAGAAAACGGCGUCAUCAUGGAGACCUUCGAGGAAGUGAUCGAGGUGCCCAUGGUGACCAAGUUGUCUCGUCAGGAGGGAGACGGAGAGGAAGAAGACGAGAGGAUGAAGGCACCGCUGAUAGCUUUCAGAGAGAACGGAAGCACACAUGACAUGAGCGCAUGGGACCAAAGCCAAGUGCAGCAACACGCAGGUGAUGUCUGAUACCCUCGGAGAGCAUGAUGGGAAACAGUGCGGUGUGUUCUCCAGGUCGACACCCAGUUACGUGAGGAGAAAAUAAAUAGAACGCCCUCUUCUCUAGCGGACCGCUCUGUAAACAAUCGUCCUUGCGCUCCCUGUAAUGCAGCCCCAACCUUCUGACCCCUUUAAACACUUUAGUGGUAUGUUCCAGGAACAAAGUGGAUUAACGUGCAUUUAGCGUGUAUGUGGAAAACCUGUGGAUUUAAAUAAGCUGUAAAGUCUGAUCUAAUACUUGAAGUUUUUUUUUUUUUUUGCUUGGUUUGUUUCUGUCGAGGUAAAGUUUAGUAAAGUUCUAACUGUUGCAUUGAGAAAGCACCGGGUGGCUGAUUUUGAAAUCUUUAGAAACAUCCGGGAACGGUUCGGAAGCUCGAACGCAUCACGACUUUUUACAAGAACGGAGAGAAAGUUUGAAGAAAUAGUAUUUUCCUACUUCUUUCUAAAGCUUUAUUCUAUAUUUCGUUUGAUUUUGACAGUGUUGCACUGGAGAGGAGGAGUCUUCUGUAGAAAUGCACCGAAAUUUCGAGUGAAAAUUCAGUUUUUUUUCCACUUUUUCCAAAAAGAGAUAAAAACGCAGAGACGGUUUUUAAGCUCUUCGUACUCUAAGAAAGUUCUUAGUACCAUAGAAAGUACACAAGGAAGUUCUUUGUACUCAGGCGUGGAAUAAUUUCAUGUUAUUUUAUGUUCUCUUCUUGGACUUUUGGAGAAAUCUCCUGCUGAAAGCACAAACGUUGUUGUUGUUGUUAUUAUUAUGUAAAUCUUUUUAAAGUAAAUUGUCAAAUUACAAGGACGUUUUUGUCUUUAGGGUUUUUCAGUUUUCAGCGAAGAAUUUAUUUCGGUGCAUCACUACAUCUGACCUGAUUGAAGACACGAUCCAAAGAUCUCGCUCAUGAAGCCCUGUCUGAUCUCCUGUCUAAUGCGGAGGGAUCGUAAUCGGCCGCCACGGACAGAGAGGAUCAGACAGAGCGCAGAGUUUCUCAGCUGCAUGGCAACACAAUCAGUACAUUUAAUUUAAUAAUUAGUCCAAUAACAAGUGAAGACAAUGAAGUUAAAACGCUGCUAUGUGUAACUUCCCUAUGCCUUAUCAGAUCUGGACGUGUGUGUUUGGGGUUUAAGGGCUGAUUAUCACCCACCACACCACAUUUCAUACAUUUUACAGCCAGAUUUAGAUCUUCCGUGGCGUCGUCUCGGUUCGCUCAGCGUGUGUAACUGCGCUUGGAUCUCCUGGAGGACAUGUAAAGCUAGAUCUGUCUACAGUAAACACAGAUAUGAUUAUAAAGUACAAGACGAGCACAAUGGAUAUUAAAUUAUUAAACUGUAACCUGGCUUCUGGACCCGCUAGAAUAGAGACCUCGUCAUAACCCGGUCACAUAAAAAGCGCUUUAGUUUCUAAACUCUGCACCUUCAUCCUUCAGUCAUCUUCAUCCAUACUUUUUUUUUUUCUUUAUUCAGAUUUCUUAUUCUUAUCCCCCUCUAAGCAGUCUCAUCUGUAUAGCAUGUAAAAAAAAAUAUAUUAUAAUCAAUAAAUAAUUUUGUUUGAAACGCAA